ACCUCCUCCUCCUGCACAUCAGAAGAGACAGCCUGAGGAGGUCACAGUUCGCCCUCAACCAACGCUGACGCACUGAGCUCAACUCUUCACUCCCCGCACGGACUGAAGCCAGCUGCAGCAGUGGUCUGCGGUUGCACCACCAAAAUGGUGUGUGGAGGUGCACUGAGUGGACUCCUCCUGCUCUCUCUCGUCUCCUCUGGGUUUGGGGAUCUGAGCCCAAACAACCUUCUUCAGAUGAUCCAGCAGUCCCAGAGGUAUGGACCAGAAGACGGACGUGAGAGGCAGCUCGCCAUGGCGAUGAACUUGGCUGCAGGCCGGUGCGCCAACUGCGAUGCUGACCUCCUCAACAGUGCUGAUAUCAACGCCGCUCUGCAGCAGGAUGAGGGGCAUGUGGGCACCAGCCUCAUCGCUGCCAGUCCCAGACUGGACCACAGCGCCGUGGGCACCACUGGAGGGGGUGGCGAGUACAUGCUGGCACAGCAGAACCUCCUGAAGCAGCUUCUCCUGAGCGCCGACGAAGACCUCGUUCAGGACAGCAAGAAGAAGAAGCGCUCUAAGAAGAAAAAACACAAGGGGAAAAACAAGAAGGAGAAGAAGAAGAAGAAGAAGAAGAAGAAGAAGAAGAAGAGCAAGAAAGACAAGAAGAAGAAAAAGAAAAACAAGAAGAAGGAUCACCACGACCUGCCAGACCACAACGACCAUCACCAUGAUGAUGACAACAACCAUCACCAUGACGACAACAACAACCAUCACCAUGAUGAUGACAACAACCAUCACCAGGACGACGACAACAAUCAUCACCAUGAUGAUGAUGCCAACAAUCACCAUGACGACGACAACAACCACCAUCACCAUGGCGAUGACGACAACCACCAUCACCAUGGGGAGUCAGCAGCAGAGGUGGAUCUGAACUCUCUUGCUAAAAUCAUCCGAAUCUUUGACACCAAGUAAACGAGUGGUACUCCUAUCAUAGUGUAAUACAUAUUUACAUCAAAUCUCUUUAAAUGCUAGUAGUUAUCCUUCAAGAUUGGCCAAAACAGUUUCUCACUUAAGUUUUAUUUUUGUCUUUCCAAGAAUAUUAACGUCUAUUAAUUGUCUUUCCAACGUGAUUUACUAAACAAUAUUAAUGCUCCUUGACUGCUUUUAAUAACCCACAAAUUACUCCUCUGUAAUCCUUUACUUAAUAAAUAUAUCAGCAACAA